AGGUGUGUUUUGUGCAUGUCUCAGUGGUCCGUUCUUCAGUUGGUCGCUGUAUUCAGGACCGUCGCUACGGACUUUACGUAAGAUGUUGCGCUGGGUGCAGCAUCCGUCCCUCUGUACGGCCACGACGCGCACGAGCUGCCUGCAUACACUUACAAAAAUGCGCCAGUAGGUUUGUACGCCUCAUACCCCGGAUAAUCAAAUUACAUUCGAUUUUUACACUUUACAGCGAGCGAUUGCGUCGUUUUUUUUUCUUCAGCGGUGGUAUGAUCUGUUAACUAUAUAUUCACCGUUAUUCACCGUGUCCGCGCGCACUGGCGCGCUCCGGAUCUGUGAGAGACACCGAAUCAACGGGGGGAAAAUCAUUAGAAGAAGAUUCGUCGAGUCGGCGCGAGGAGAAAGGAAAAGGUUUCCUCAUGGUUACCAUGAUUCUUUAGACGAGGAUCCGGAGGAUGUGAUGGAUGUAUGAGAGGAGAACGUAAGCAAGGCCAGUGCUGACUGUGAUGAUUGUGAUGGCAAGCAAAAGACUCCCGUAGCAGCAUCCAGUGCUGUUGACAACUGUGUGGAUUACACUUUGAUGCCACAAGAUACCUGAUUCCACAAGUUAAUCGUAAAAAAAGAAAGGGGCAGGACAUGAUUCAGUUGCCAUGCAGGCUGCUAUCGUAACAGGCCUUUUCAGCCCCUCCCCCCUUAUCUGGUUGGUCCAACUGUUGUUGUGGCCACACCUCCUUGGACCUAGAUUGGCUGAAGCCAGUCCUGCCUGUCCUGCUCCUUGUAGCUGUUCCAAUCAAGCCAGUCGAGUGAUCUGUACCAGAAAAGGCUUAAAUGAAGUUCCACAGAGUAUCUCCUCCAAUACACGAUACCUCAACCUCCAGGAGAACUCCAUACAGGUGAUCAGGUCAGACACCUUCAAGCACCUAAAUCAUCUGGAAAUUUUACAGUUGUCUAAGAACCAGAUUCGUCAGAUAGAAGUGGGAGCGUUCAAUGGCCUUCCCAAUCUUAUCACUCUGGAGCUUUUUGACAACAGACUCCCACUGGUACCAUCACAGGCAUUUGAGUACCUGAGUAAGCUGCGUGAACUCUGGCUAAGGAACAACCCCAUAGAGACACUCCCAGCGUACGCCUUCCACCGCGUGCCGUCACUGCGGCGGUUAGACCUCGGCGAGUUGCGCAAACUCAGUUUCAUCUCGGAGGCCGCAUUCGAAGGGCUGCUGAACCUUCGUUUCCUGAAUCUGGGCAUGUGCGGGCUUAAGGAUGUACCCAACUUGACGCCUCUCGUGCGACUAGAGGAACUGGAGCUGUCAGGAAACCAGCUGGGCGUGGUGCGUCCUGGAUCGUUCCAAGGCCUGGUGUCUCUACACAAACUGUGGCUCAUGCACUCUCGGAUCUCUGUCAUUGAGAGGAAUGCCUUUGAUGACCUCAAGAACCUGGAGGAGCUCAAUCUGUCCCAUAACUCUCUGCAUUCAUUGCCCCAUGAUCUCUUCACUCCACUGCAGCAGUUAGAGCGUGUCCAUCUGAACCACAAUCCUUGGGUUUGCAACUGUGACGUUCUGUGGUUGAGCUGGUGGCUUAAAGAAACCGUUCCUGAUAACUCCACUUGUUGUGCACGUUGCCAUGCCCCACCAGGUACUAAGGGCAGGUACAUUGGUGACCUUGACCAGAGAGACUUCACCUGCUACGCGCCUGUGAUUGUGGAGCCACCAACGGACCUGAACGUGACAGAGGGAAUGGCAGCGGAGCUGAAAUGCCGCACCGGGACAUCCAUGACUUCUGUUAAUUGGUUGACCCCCAAUGGGACCUUGAUGACACAUGGAGCGUACAAGGUCCGGAUCUCUGUCCUGCAUGAUGGAACCUUGAAUUUCACCAACGUGACCAUGCAAGACACUGGACCAUACACCUGUAUGGUCACCAACUCUGCUGGCAACACCACAGCAACUGCUGUGUUGAACGUCUCUGCACCCGACCCAGGCAAUGGAUACAGCUACUUCACAACUGUUACUGUCGAAACUGUAGAGACGGGGCAAGAUGGACACGAUUCAGCUCGGCAGUUCGUCAACGAGACGUUUAUUAGCUUUCCAGGACCGACGGCUGCAUCUGCACCAGCAGGUCCCACUGGUUCGAUGCUGUCCUCCUUGUCACCACGAGCUACGCGUGCACCCGAUCGCCCGUUCACGGUCUCCAUCACGGACGUCGCCAACCUGUCGGGUCUUGAGGACGUAAUGAAGACGACCAAGAUUAUCAUCGGCUGCUUUGUGGCCAUCACCUUCAUGGCGGCCGUGAUGCUGGUCGUCUUCUACAAGCUUCGCAAGCAGCACCAACUGCACAAACACCACGGCCCGGCACGUGCCAUUGAGAUCAUCAAUGUGGAAGAUGAGAUUGGAUCUGCGGGAGGAGCUAGUGGCAUCACAGGAGGGGGCACUGUCCACACCGGAGCAGGAUCUGGUGGAGGAAGCGGGCAGAGUCCAAGGAUUCAUGACCCUGAGAUCAUGACCCUGCCAAGCGUUGGGCAAGCGGAUCACCUGAACCACUACUACAAAGCGCACCACUAUAACAACAACGUGCUAAGCUUAAACAUGGCCACUGGAAUGCUCAACAACAAACCCAAUCCUUCCUCCCAAAACCAGGCUUCGACCAUGAAAAUAGGGACUUCCGGUGACCCCUCCAACCCUGGCUCGACCUCACCUCCCCUGCCAAUUCCCAUCCCAAUGUCGAUGACUUUCCACGGAACUCUGAAAGGCCUUAGUCACGUUCCCAAUGUGCAGACUGAGCCACUGUUGCUAUCGAAUGGCUCCAAGGAGAGCGUUCAGGAGACCCAGAUCUGAUUACUUACAUACACGUGCACAUGCAGGAAGGGAAGUAGACUGGUUUUUACACCAGUGCGACUGUCAAGUCUUUGACAUUAUGGAACUCCAUCCCUUUCCGACAGAUUCUAUGGAAUAUUCCGUUCAGUGAACAGAGACAGGCUUUUACUGGACAUGGCGCUAUUGAGUACACAUGUGCCAAAGCAAGCGUCUUUUUUGCAGUUCUUUUUGAGUUGUGUCCGCGUAUAAAAAAUAUAGUCUAUAUUAAAGUAGUGUAAUUACUUAAGUGUUGGUUUGCCACAGUCCAGCGACACCGAGUACACACACCGAUGUACAGCAGCUAACAGACCUGUAUAAAAGCAUACACACAUUUACACUUCCCGGAGGUUGACAUCAUUAUUCAUCGUACUCACCUCGGUAGGUAGUGUACCUGUGUGUGUGUGUGUGUGUGUGUGUAUGUGUGUGUGUGUGUAAGGGACAGUAUUAACUGAGACUAAUUCAGAAAUAAAGACUUAAACUGCUGUGAUCCAGAACUCUGCUUCAUGAUGACAUUCUGAAUCUAGCACAAGUGAGGAUCAGUUCAUAAGCUCAGAAAUCUGAACUCUAAAAGACACCAGUUUCAGGGUGACAUACGUCAUACCUAGAGGAGAGGGCAGAGAGAAGAAGCCUUUCCAUGUGAACAAUAAGAGUACUUGGCUGCUGUCCUCAGCAAAGGUACCAUAGUACCUCCCAUCAAGCCGCCAUAGUGCAAACUCUCUGUGCAUUUCUACGUUUGAAGAGAUCUUGAGUGUCAUAUGUUUGUCUUUUCGCCUGUCAGCGCUGAAAUGAAGAGUAACAGCAGUGUGUAAGGGCUAUUUCACUGGCAUUGGUUGUUUUUGAUGUGCGCAGAACGUAUCUGGACUUAAGGCCGACAUGAAACGCCAUUUGCAACCCAUUUAACUUCUGUAGUGUUUCAUGGAUGCAGGGCGGGACUUGACUUUAUUCAUCAGGAAUUGAUUGGAUCGUGAAAAGUGGGUGUACCAGAAUGGAGCCAGGAGGGAUGGAAAGUCGUUUCAGAGGCGGAGCAGGUUACAUUUUGAUAAAAGAUUCUGAAGAUUUUUUUUUUUUUUUUUUGACUUGGCAUAACGUGCACAGUUGAAUCGUGCACAAUAAGGCCAGGAAUGUGUGUUAGGAAAGUAAAUAGUGUCCAUUUUGAGUUCACGUUGACUUUAAAACAAGCUGUAUUAAAGCUUUGAAAUAUACUGGGAUACGCAGCACAGAAGAAUUUCACCGACUUGAAAAUUUUAGAUUUUUAACAGAGAGAGAAUGAAAGACAUUGUGAAAAUGUCCAGAUUUUUCUGAUGAAAGAUUUUGCAAUAUGACAUGUAAUCUAAUGUAAAGAUUUUCAAGUAUACUGUUUAUAGACCAAAUCAGUGGGUUUGGGUUCAAGGGGCUGGUUAAGCGUCAGGGUUCAGGGAAUGGGAAAACUGCUCUUGGGCCACUUCAGAUUAAACGUUAGCCAUCCAGUUGGCGAAACUUGUAUGCCUCACUUUCAGAGAGUAUUUUCUUUGAAGGGAUUUGACCAGUCCUUCGUGGGAGCCAUACGACAACUGCUGACUACAUGAAGCGAUCUAUUGAUCAAGUUCCUCAUUCUUGAAUGGCUUUGAAGUUGUAUAAUAACAAUGUGCAAUGUGCCAUUAACUGGAGUAGAGUACACAUGCGUGUAUUAUUGUAAUUGCUGCAUUAAACUUUAUUCGGUUUUUAAUUUCCAA